AAUUUUCAUCAUCUUGUUCAACUUUUCUCUCUCUUUUUCCUCCAUUAUUCAAAAUUUUUAAUGACACUCCCAGUGAAAAAUAUGGUAUUUCCAAUGAUACUACUAAGGCUAGCAGAUUGGUUACUAUACAAGAUUCUAGCAAAAUCAUGUUAUAGAGCUGCAAUGAAAGUUAAAAACUCUGGCUUUUUCUUCAAGAGCUCAUCUUUUAGAUCAUCCCAUCAAAUUCCUCUUUACCCGAAUAUAAACAAGUGUAAUUUACAAGGAAGAAAAUCAGAAACAGUUGCAUGUGACAUACAAGGCACACUACUUAGAUCUGAAUCUUUUUUCCCAUAUUUCAUGUUAAUUGCCUUUGAAGGUGGCAGCAUAUUAAGAGCCUUGUUGUUACUUCUAUCAAGUCCACUUUUAUUGUUUCUUGAUUUUGAACUUAAAUUGAGAGUUAUGAUAUUUAUAACUUUCUGUGGGAUGAAAUUAAAGGAUGUGGAGAGUGUUGGCAGAGCUGUUUUGCCUAAGUUUUUUCUUGAGAAUUUAAAUGUUCAUGUUUAUGAAGUGUUGAAGUCAGCAGGGUCAAGGGUGGUAUUUACUAGUGUGCCUAGAGUUAUGGUGGAAGGUUUCCUUAAGGAGUAUUUGAGUGUUGAUUGUGUUAAAGGGACUGAGUUGCAUACUGUUGGGAAAUAUUUUACUGGAUUGGUAUCUUGUUCUGGGAUACUAAUUAAGCAUAGAGCAUUAAAGGAAUUUGAUGAGGAAAAAAAGCCAGAUAUUGGUAUUGGAAAUUCAGGUCUUCAUGAUCAACUCUUUAUCUCCCUAUGCAAGGAAGCUUAUGUGGUGAACAAAGAGGAUGAAAAGGCAAAUACUACAAGCUCCUCAAUAUUGCCGAGGGAAAAAUAUCCAAAGCCAUUAGUUUUUCAUGAUGGAAGGCUAGCAUUUCUACCUACACCUCUUGCAACAUUAACCAUGUUCAUGUGGCUACCAAUUGGAAUACUACUAGCAAUUUUCAGACUCUUCAUUGGCAUUUGUUUGCCUUACAAGAUGGCCAUUAUCUUGGGCAAAUUAAGUGGUAUCAGGCUAAGAUUAAAAGGCACUGAUCCUCCAAGAUCAGAAAAUGGCAAAGGAGUGUUGUAUGUUUGCUCUCACAGGACCCUUUUGGACCCUGUUUUUCUUAGCACAUCUUUGGGAAAGCCUUUGACAGCAGUGACCUAUAGUUUAAGUAAAAUGUCUGAGAUUCUUGCUCCUAUAAAAACUGUGAGAUUGACAAGAUCAAGAAAGAGAGAUGGGGAUACCAUGCAGAGAUUGCUCAGUGAAGGUGAUUUAGUGGUUUGUCCAGAAGGAACCACAUGCAGGGAGCCAUAUCUAUUGAGAUUCAGCUCUUUAUUUGCAGAAUUAGCUGAUGAGAUUGUACCUGUGGCUAUGAACACAAAUGUGAGCAUGUUUUAUGGGACUACUGCUAGUGGGCUUAAAUGCUUGGACCCAAUUUUCUUCUUGAUGAACCCAAGGCCUUGUUACACUGUUGAAAUUCUUGGGAAAUUGCCCAAAGAGUUGACUUGUGCUGGUGGAAAGUCAAGCCAUGAAGUGGCUAAUUACAUACAAAAGCAAUUAGGUGCUGCAUUGGGAUUUGAGUGCACUAAUCUUACAAGAAGGGACAAGUAUUUGAUGCUAGCUGGGAAUGAAGGGGUAGUUGAAGAUCAAAAUUCAAGAAUAAAUAACCCUAGUACUAUAUAGGAUUAGUUUUUAUUUUUCAAUUUUACCCUCCUUUGCUAUUUUCACCUUAUUUAGUAGCACAUAUAUAAAUAUGAAUAUAUCUUUAUUACGUAAUAGUGGUAUGUACGUAAUUUUUUUUACA